AUGAAGCUUGUUUCCUCUCUUAGUUUCGCUGCAUGGAUGCUGGCAGCCGUGGAAGGAGGAUCGUCGAACGUUUACACUGUCCCGGUCUCCAAUUUAAUCCCAGGAAACAAUCUCACCAGCGGCGCAAUCGAGACUUCGCUGCAAGACACCAACGAUGGAUCAAACUACCCGCUCAGCAAGACAAGUAUCGUACCCAGUGGCACCAAGACGUACGUUGUUGGUCUUCGUUCUACCGUUGGAGGUAACAAUUUCUGCAGUGCAACUCUGAUUACUCCGAGACAUCUACUGGUCGGAUCAAAUAGCAUCAGGGAUAACAUCCGCUGGGCUUCAAUUGGUUCGCACUACGCCAAUGGUACACAAGACGGCGAACAGAUCAAGGUCGUCGCGAUACUCAACCAUCCAAAUAGCUCACUUGGGGGCUUCACUGACGACUUCACUAUUCUCGUUCUGGAGAAAACCAGCUCAUUCAAACCGGUGGCGUUGGCAGCCGCAGACGAUUCCGACGUCAAGGACGGUGAGUGGGCUGCUAAAAUGGGUUGGGACGACACGGGAGGCGAGGACACUAUGGCUUACGAGCUGACGCGAGAAGACGUGCAGUUGAUGAGCAACGCGAACUGCUUGAAGGAAACGAAAGUGGAUGACAGCAUGUUGUGUUCGCGUGGUGCCCCUAAUGUGACAUCAUGCACGGGUGACUAUGGUGGCCCAGUGGUGGUGGAGCGUCCGAGUGGUGACGUAUUGGUUGGGAUAUCAAGUUGGGGUGGCGAUUGUGGUAAACCUGGGUAUCCUAGCAUUUACUCCCGCGUGUCGAGUGCUCGCCCGUGGAUUGAGUCUGUUGCUACUGGCGUGUGCUUUCACUAAGCUACCAGAUUUAACAUCUUUAAUUUCGGGACAAUUUAUUUUUUGGAAUAACUCUU